GCUGCCAGGCGCGGCGCUGCCCGGCUCGGCACGGCACGGCACGGCCCCGCCGAGCCCCCCGCGCAGCACCACACCGCGGGCCCCGCCAUGGACGGGGGCGCCUUCGGAGCGGGGAAAGCCGGCGGCGCCUUCGAUCUGCAGGCCUUCCUCCGGCAGCCGCACACGCUGCUGCGGCUGCUCUCCUGGGUGUUUUCCAUCGUGGUGUUUGGCUCCAUUGUCAAUGAGGGGUAUGUGAACCGCCUGGACGAAUCAGAGGAGCACUGCAUUUUCAACCGCAACCGCAACGCCUGCAACUAUGGCAUUACCGUGGGUGUCCUCGCCUUCCUCAGCUGCCUUCUCUACCUGGCUCUGGAUGCCUACUUCCCACAGAUCAGCAGUGUCAAGGACCGCAAGAAGGCAGUGCUCUCAGACAUUGGCGUCUCAGCCUUUUGGGCAUUCCUCUGGUUUGUUGGCUUCUGCUUUCUGACUAACCAGUGGCAAGCUUCAAAAGAAGAAGACAACCCAAUGAAUGAGGGAGGAGACGCAGCCCGAGCAGCCAUCACAUUCUCAUUCUUCUCCAUCUUCACCUGGGGCUUCCUUGCCUUUCUGGCUGUCCGACGGCUCAGAGACAUUACUUUUCAGGAAGAAUACAACACACUAUUCCCCAACUCCCCGUCCUUGCUGCCUUAAUGUCCCUCAGUGACGAGGAGCCUGGGGACAAGGGCUGCAGACAGAGGAAGCUGUUGAGCACUUGGCUCCAUCUGUGUUCCUCCUUGGCCCCUUCUCUCCCUCAGCCUAACUAAUGCUGCGUAACACUCGUGCCUUUCUUUUGAUGACUGUUCAUGUCUCAGCCAGAAGAUGCCUUCUGCCCCCCAUUGCUGUGUCUUCUCUAUUCCUGCCAGCCCUCAUUCCCUCCAAGGGCAGCUCAUAGCCUGCCAGACCGCUCACCUCUGCAGAGGAUGCUCUGAGAAGACUGCUCGAGUCCAAGUGCCCACGUGCCCCUGCUAACAGCUCCGUCCCAUAUCCCUCCUCUUCUCCCUGCCAAGGGAUCGGUGCUUUCUGUGGGAUUGUCUCCCAAAUAGGCUUCACACUAACCCGUAACCAUGACUAACCUCCCUUUUGUUUAUUUCUCUCUCUCGGCACAUUCCCCUUUCUCUCUUUCCCGUCCCCCCUCUGCCUCCCAUCUCUCUCCAUCCUCCUGAAGGUGGGCCAGGCGUUCCUGGCGUAUCAGCGCUUCCGGCUGGGUGCCGACUCGGCCCUCUUCUCCCAGGACUACAUGGACCCCAGCCAGGACUCCGGCAUGCCUUACGCUCCCUACACGAAUGAGGAGGAUGCGACGGACGCGGUGGGGACGUACCAGCAGCCCCCUGCAGCAGAUGCUUUUGACACCGAGACACAGGGGUACCAAACGCAGAACUACUGAGCUGCCGAUGCCCUUUCCCCUUCCCCUUCCCCUUCUGCCCUCUUUCCCACUGCCGGCAGCAAGCCGAGGCACAAGCCAGACACGUGCGUAGUGGCACAGGAGGUGGCUCUCAGCUAUGCUCCAGCCUUCUGGGUCAUCUGUUUUUAUUUAUUGUUUUUAACAAAAAGAAAAAAACGCUCCCCAUUGCCUCUUUCCCCUCCUCCCCCCAGACCUACCCGGCACCAAAUUGUUCCAAAAUCUGGCACCAAGGGAGGUUCUCCCCUUCCCCCCUCUCUCUCUUCCUUGGAAGAGAGAAGGAAAGAGGGGCUACAGCAGAGGUGGAAGAGAAGAGGUGAGAAAGAGUGGGAUGUUCAUAGGCGAGGUGGUGCUGCUACCUGCUGCAGUGCUGCUCCAUGCUGCAGGAGCAUCUGAAUUGGCUCAGGGAGGGGAGGGUGGAAGGGGCAGGCUGAGCUGGCAUGCAGACGUGUGAGGGUGGAGGGAGGGAUGAGGAGAGAGGGUGCUCUUCACUGUGAGUCAGGGGAUGCUUUGUUUUGACAAGUUUUGAUGAGACAGAAUGGGAUAGGAAAGAGGAAUAUUUGCAGGUACAAUCAAAAUCCAGUGUUUUUCACAGGUUUUGCUGUAGAUGAAAGCAAGAGGGCUUUAGAGAGCAGAACAGGGAGGCAGCACCAUGAGGGCCACUCCUCCUCCAUGCAGAGGUGUUUUCACUGCUUGGGUACUGCCACAACCCCCUCCCUUCCUCUGGCCAAAUCGUGCACAUGGGAAUAGAGCAGGAACCCCAAAAAGAGAUGCAGCUGUUGUGUCCAGACAUCACAUUGGAGUGCAGUGAGUGGUGGAGAGUCCAAAGGUGGUCUUCACCUCCCACUCAGAUGGGAAGGUCAGAAAAGAUGGGAGAAUUCCCUCCAUUUCCACCCUCCAAUUGUUUGGGGCCACAGUGGGCUCUCUGAACACUAGUCCUGCUGUACUUACAGUUAUCUUAGUGCUCCUGCAGCAUCUGGCAUGUCUUUAAAGCCUCACCUAGGUGGCAGUAGUGAAUCUCAGAUAGAGCUCGUAUUGACGUUACUCCACACUUCUCACGAUUUUGCUUCAAGAAACUGCUCUGGAAGCACAGUAUUUAUUCCAGGAUAGAAUUAAUGUCAGUGCCUAGAAGUAAGGGAUUGAGCAGUAGCCAGCUGGACCGUUUCAGCACAGACAUCUUUCAGAGCACAAGCAGUGGGGUAUGUCUUGAGGAGCUCUGUCCCCUGGGCAGCCACGAUGGUCCAUGUGGCACUGGCCCAAGAAGCAGAGAUCAAGAACAGAUCCAGCAACCACCAGUACUUCCCCCAAGCAUUCAGCCUCUUCCCUGUAGCAUCUUUAGGAGCCAGGAGGACAGGAUGCAGGUCUGGCCAUGCAAACACCUCAUCUGGAGGACGCAGUCCUCUUUCAUCCAGGUCACCAGUCCUCCUCUUCCUAGCACUGCUCCUUUCCAGCUGCCCCACAUCAGUGGAGAAGGAGUAGACAACACAGAGUUGCGGGUUCCAAGGGGGAGGGAAGGAAAGCUCUCCAUUGCAUGCAGGCAGAGUUUCUGCCUGCUCCACACCUUUCUCUGUGGCUCUGAGCAAAAGCAAUACUGUACAUAGGAGGGAUAUUUUUCAGAGGGAAGCCCCUCAGGCUUUUUUUUCGACGGGAUCAGCCUAAUAUUUAGGCUUGGGAGGGGGUUACUUUAUUGAGAGAUUCAGUGUGGGGGAAGCUCCUUCCAAUCCACCUCUCCUACCAGGGGAGAGAAAGGAAAGAACGGUGAGGUGGAGGAGACAAACUAGUUGUACUUACCCAGAGUCAUCUGUGUCAUCCUUCAUGCUUUCAUUUUGGGUACCAAGAGGAGGAGGCUAUAAAUAACAAGCUCUCAGCAUGAGGAUUUGCUGGGCUGCUGGGAAUUGCCCAUCACCUGUCCCAUCUCAUUGAGGUGAGGGACCAGGCACAUGAGAAGUACAGGCCAUAAAUGUGUGUGGGGGGGUCUACCUGUGGUCUCUUUGAUGGUGUAGCACGGAACAGUUGUCAGUGCCCCUUCCCCCAGCGGAGCUACAUCAAUGGCUAAACAUCACGUGGGGGUGAUUCAUGACAAACCUUUUCUUUAUCCUUUUUGCUUGCUUCCCUCAUGUAACCAUCUGGUGGGCUUCAGUGGCUUUGAGGUGGGACAAGCCUCCUCCUCAGCCAACCCUUCAGUGGGAUGUGAGCCAGGUAGCUUAACCCUGGGCUAUUGCCCAUCUUUGUCUCUUUCUUCCUUGCUUUGUGUUAUGGCAAAGGCAUUGGUAUGGCAGGGGACACUGUAACAGUAGAUGCUUGGGCAACUUCUUGACUUUGCUCAUGGGAGAAGGUGUACUCUUCUUGGCUUGACUUCCUUUGAGCCUUUGCAAGAGAGGGUUGGUGGUGGCAAACCUGAGGGUGGUACUCAUCUGGUUAGCACACAGCCCUUGAAAAUGCAGUUUCAGUGGCAUAUGGCUGGCUCUGAGGAGAUGGAUCUAUCUAAAGGGUUGGUUAUCAUAUCUUGGGAGCUUCUGAUAAGGGGCUGCUGGUGAUCAUAUGAAGACCUGGGCACCUGGCUGGAACAUGUCCCUUUUAGAUCCUAAAUGAGUGUGAGAUCAGUCCCACUCUAGGGAUUAGGAGAUCAGAGGGAAGGCUGCAUAAGCAAAACGAUAAGGCGGCUUUCUUCCCUGCCGUGCCAUUUGUCCACAUUACAGAGGAUUACGCAUCCCCUGUUGGGAGCAAUGGCCCCUUGAUGUCUUAUCUUGCCAAGUCCCCAAGUAAGGUACUUUUAUAAUAGCAGGGACUGUGAAUGUCAAAGGGGUAAUGAAUCCUUGCCCCACCUCUACCUGUGGCUUCAGCAUCCUGACAUGCUCCCCAUCCCUGGCUCACCUACGUCCCCACCACCUUGUUCAUCACCUCAUUACACACCCAUUCCCUCUGCAUUAGUCCUGGCAGUCCCUUCAGGGUAGGAGGGCAGUGUGUCUCCACACAUUCAGGAGCGCUCAGGAGGACCCAGGAAGGCAGUGUAGUGGGACAGUCUCCAUUGGAGAAUUGGCUCUGAUCUCCAGAGCAGGUACAAGGCAGGGAACCCAGCGAGGCCACCUCAUGCAGCAAGUCCAAACCAUCCAUCCAGGCACCUCCCUGCUGCCCCUGUGGCAUCCAUCACACCAUCUGGGCUGCCCUGCCCCUUCCUCUGCCACAUUACUGCCUGUGUAUAGUAUAUAUUAUAUAUAUAUAUAUUUUAAAAGAUGUAUAAUAUAAAGCUAUACAUAUAUACGUAUAUACGAUGACUCAUGGAUGGCCUGCCGCAUACAGGAUCCCCUGAGUGGUCUUGUCUAAGCCUGAGUGUACCUUCACCCCUCCUCCCCUCGUCCCCAUCUGUCCUCAAAUCCAACUACAGCAAACCCCGCCACCUCGGCACGUGUUUACAAUAUCCUAUAUAUUUGUGGUUAACAAAGUGAAGGUGGUAACUACUGGUGUCUCAAUAAAGUUACAACAUUCAAAAUAAUGAAAUAA